AUGUCAGUACCUGGAAGUAAACCAGAUUUUAUAACGGAUGAUGAAUGUUACAUUAACUGUCCUAAUAAGAGGACUGCUUAUGAAUGGCAUUUAAAUGAUAGAAAUGAUUUUGCAUUGAAAAAGGCCAAAAAAUUUCGUUUACAAUACGAAAAAUUGUAUGUUGCAAGGCACUGGCUGAUCACAGUUCUCCUACGAUUAAAUACAACAGUAAAAGAUUUGGUUUAUGCAAUUCUAAAGGGCUAUCUGAAUGAUGUUAAUAUGCCUGCAGAUCGGAAUAUUUGGGAAGACAUCAUCCAAGAUCUUAAAACUGCUGGUGCAGAGAAUGAGCCAACGUAUAUACUUCGAGCUUAUUCUCGUUCACAAACAUUCAGCAAACGAAUCAAUAAUGACAUGGCUAAAAAUACGUAUCAUGAACUUAAACUUUACUGUACAUCACUUAAUUGUAACGUACUAGCACGUACACAAGAUGCUAGUCGAACGAGUGUCUGUUCUCCAGUUAUUCUUAUAACUGCAGUUACCAUCACAACUAUGAGUUACCUUCGAAUUCUAACUUUUUUGGUCACAAUUAGUAUUGUUACAAGUGCUGAUGUAGUUGUAUCUAUAUCAACGAAAGCACCUGAUUCAUCAUUUUAUCCAUAUAUUUCUCAUCCAUCUCAGCCACAAUGA